AUGAUGGAUACUUGUGAUUAUGACAUUGAUUAUCGUCAAAAUGAUAAAUAUACAGGUCAUGAUGAUAGUUCAAUAUUCAUGAAAAAUAUAUCAAAAAAGAUGAAUUCAAAUCGUCAUCUACCAAAUGAAUCAUGUCGUGUAUGUGGUUUUGAAAAAACUACAGGUCGUAAUUUUGGUGUUACAACUUGUUCAACAUGUAAAGCAUUUUUUCGAAGAAAUGGUCGUACAGGUUCAUCUUUACCACCUUGUCGUUUUGGUGGUAAUUGUCCUGUUAAUGAACGAACACGUCGUCAAUGUCCAACAUGUCGUUUAGCAAAAUGUUUU